AUGUAUGACUUUGACCAUCUUUCUACUCCUGAAAAGUUAUUCGAAAAGAACGAAAAAAAUAAUUUACAGAUUAAAAUUAUUAAAUAUUCUGACAGACUCUUAACUGAGAAUGCAAAUGAAAUAUGUCCAGAGUUUUUCAAAAAAACCUUUAAAUCUGCCCAGCAUGCCGAUGAUCCGGAUUGGGUUGGAUAUGGUGAAAUAUCCAUGUCUCCUUACGAUACUGCUUGGAUCGCAAUGAUUCCUAGCAAAAUUUAUAAAGAAACAAAAUCUUCGAAGGAAUUCAGCUUAGCAUUCCCUCAAUGUCUCUUAUGGCUUUUAAAUAACCAAGAUAUGCAAGGUAGUUGGACUGGUAGUGGUGCUGGCGCCAUAGUAUCUGGACUUGCAGGUCUACUUGCUCUAGGUCUUUUCCGAUCACAUUCCGGUGAAUUCUUUGAAACUAAAUUGAAUGAUCUAGGAAUAACUAUUGUUCAAUUUAUUACAAUUUUCAAGAAAGCCAAAAAUUAUUUACAAAAAACAUUAAACGAAGUGAAUCUCGACAACUUUGACAUGGUAGGCUUUGAAUUAAUAAUCCCUUACCUCCUCUCAGCUCUGGCACGGCUUGAAGAGCCGAUUGUAUUUGAUUUCCCUGAAAGUGAACGAAUUUCACAAAAAAGUCAAAGAAAAUUAAGCCUUGUCUCUCUAGAUGAAAUUAUUAUUCUAGCGAAAAGCCAGCUAAUAACUCUUACUCAUUCUAUCGAAGUAUCUUGUGAAAAAUAG